UCCAGUCUGACAUGUUGAAAGUUUGUCAUAUUAGAUCACUAUAUUGUGGUAAAUACUGAUGAAAAUUCAUUUAAAACAGCUUUCAAAUGGUUAAAUUUUGGAAUUGGAUACGUCUGUUAAUGAAAGUCGGACUUCUUCUUUGAAAAAGUUAUUGUCUGUGUAUUACUGAAGAAUAAAGAAUGGCCGACAAUAAUACCCUCGUUCCAAUAUCCGAUGGACUACUCGAACGUACUGUGUGCUCAACAGAGAUGAAAUUUCGUAAUUACCAUUUCAAGUGGACCAUUAAAAAUUACGAUUUGGUGAGCAAAACCAUGAAGCGAAUAAAGUCGCCCGAAUUUCCCUUAGUAGAAAAAACUCAAAAAUGGUACAUUGAAUUUGAACCCUUUGAGAUGAAAGAAGAUACUAAGGGAGAUGCGAUCUUUUCUUUAAAAAGAAAAUUUUUCGAUGAAAUUUAUAUCCAAGGUGCAUAUAAUUUUGAAACUGCUUCAGGUGAAAAGUACACACAUAAUUUCAAGAUAAUGCUGCCUAAAUGUGGGAUGGUUUCUAACUUAUCUAUUAAACAUCUUUUCAAAGCAUUGCAAUGGGAUAAAUGUUCUAGCAAGGAUUUCACUAUAACCUGUUACUUUCGAAUGUUUGAUUCCGCCAUCGAUACUUGUGAAGAUGUCUCAAAUAAGAAGAUAAAAUCCGGAGAACUACUUGUCAAUAUAUCGAAUUUACUGGAAGACCAAGUAUUGAAGGAUAUCACAUUUUCUGUCCAAGGUAAAAAAUUUAAAGCCCACAAAGCGAUUUUGGCUGCUCGAAGUCCUGUAUUUUCUGCCAUGUUCACACACAAAAUGAAAGAGAGGAUCAAAUCUUGCGUUGAAAUUCAGGAUUUAGAACCAGAUAUAUUUGAAAAGAUGUUGCGUUUCAUCUACACUGAUAAAGUCAACGAUCUGGAGGAAUCGGCUUCAAAACUUUUACCUGCAGCAGAGAGAUAUGAUUUGCAGAAGCUGAAGAGAAUGUGUGUCACAAUUCUGCACAGAAGUCUGACUAUCAAGAACGUUUUAGAAACUCUAAAACUUGCUGAUAUGUUUUCGAUCUCCGAUUUAAGAAGAGCAGCAUUGAAGUUUAUAAUUUCUCACCCUGAAAUUGUGAACGGUAUGGAGGAAUUCGAGAAUUUAAUUGAAUCACGACCACGUGUUGCUCUUGAACUUAUUAGACUGCAGAAAAAGGGUGAUUCAAAUUACGAGGGAAGUUUUGAGAAAAUAAAAAAAACAGAUUUUGAGUUUCGCCAUUAAUAGCUCAAUGUUCAAAAGAGAUUAAUUAAUUCUAAGUGUUUCUAAGACUCCUAAGAGUCUAUGAAUUUUAAAAAGUGACAAAAAAGUUCGAUAAUAAGUUUACGUUAUACGUUCAUUUGUAAAAUAUUUCCAAACGUAAUUUGAAUGUAAAAUCAUUACAAACUAUGCAAGUCUAGUUUUCACGUUCAACUUCUCUUAGGAUGAUAAUUUUUCGCAAAUUAGUGUCGAAAUUUAUUUCUAAUUUCAAAGCUCAUGUACUUUCUUGUGUUUGUUCAGCUGUUCCUAAAGUUAGUUUUUCUGCACAUGCGCGAGUUUCUAACAUUAAAUUACUUUUGAUUUAUUUAACUCUAAAGAAAAUUUAUUGAAACGUAUAUGUAUGUUUAAAUAUACAUA